UGCGGGGCUCUGGGCCGCGUCCAAGAGAGGAGGAGCCUCCUCCUCCUGCUGCUGCCGCCCUCCCCCCCUCCAGUUCGCGACUUGGGGGCCUAUAAAGCGGCAUCUCCGAAGGCGGCGCCUUCUUCCCCCGUCGAGAACUUCGCGGCUCCGUCCCAGCCUCGACGCCGCCUCUUCUCCUUCUGCACCUCUCUCCGGGCACAGCCGCUGCGCCAUGAGCCACCAUCACCACUCCGGCGCCAUCCGCGCCACCUCGUACCGCCGCACUUUCGGGCCGCCGCCCAUGCUGUCCCCGCUGUCGUACUCCUCGUCCCGCCUGGCCUCGUCCUCUUCGACCACGCGGCUGCUGAGCACGCCCUCGACGGCGGCAUCCAUGCGCUCCUACCGGGCCAGUGGCGGCGGUGGCGCGGUUACCUUCCGAUCCUCUAGCGCGCCGGCUCCGCGCUACUCCUACGGGGCGGCCGAGAAGCUGGACUUCUCGGUAGCCGAGGCGCUGAACCAGGAGUUCCUGGCCACGCGGAGCAACGAGAAGCAGGAGCUGCAGGAGCUCAACGACCGCUUCGCCAGCUUCAUCGAGAAAGUGCGCUACCUGGAGACGCAGAACGCGGCGCUGCUGGCCGAGCUGGGCCACGCGCGCUCCAAGGAGCCCACGCGCGCCGCCGACCUCUUCCAAGACGAGCUCCGCGAGCUGCGCAGGCAGGUGGACGCGCUGGGCAAGGAUCGCGACCGCCUGCAGGUCGAGAGGGACAACAUGGCCGAGGAUCUGGCCGCCCUCAAGCAGAGGCUGGAUGAGGAGAUGCACAAGCGCGAAGAUGCUGAAGGGAACCUGGUUUUGUUCCGCAAGGAUGUGGACGAUGCCACCCUCUCGCGCCUGGAGCUGGAGCGCAAGAUUGAAUCCCUCAUGGAUGAAAUUGAAUUCCUCAAGAAACUACAUGAAGAGGAGCUGAACGACAUGCAGGUGAGCAUGCACAGCCAGCAGCAGGUGCAAGUGGAGGUGGAACAGGCCAAGCCGGACCUGACAGCCGCCUUGCGGGACAUCCGCACCCAGUAUGAGAGCAUCGCGGUCAAGAACCUGCAGGAGGCCGAGGAGUGGUACAAAUCCAAGUUUGCUGACCUGUCGGACGCAGCCAACCGGAACCACGAAGCGCUUCGCCAGGCCAAGCAGGAGAUGAACGAAUCCCGGCGCCAGAUCCAGAGCCUCACCUGUGAAGUGGAUGGACUCAAAGGAACGAACGAAGCUUUGCUGAGGCAGAUGCGAGACCUGGAGGACCAAUACGGGGUGGAGAUGGGCUCGUACCAGGACACGGUGGCCCGGCUAGAGCAGGAGAUUCAGCACAUGAAGGAAGAGAUGGCACGGCACUUGCGGGAGUACCAGGACCUCCUGAACGUCAAGAUGGCCCUCGACAUCGAGAUUGCCACCUACCGCAAGCUUCUGGAGGGGGAGGAGAGCAGGAUUGCAGUGCCGGUUCAGUCCAUGGCCUCCUUCGGCUUCAAAACGACAGUUUCAGAGCCAGAGCCAACGGUGGAGAGCCACUCUAGGAAGACAGUGCUGAUCAAAACCAUUGAGACCCGGGAUGGAGAGGUGGUGACUGAAUCAAGAAAAGAGCAGAGGGCUGAGAUGGAGAAGUGAUUUGGGGAGCCCCAGACAUCUCCUCCCUCCCUCCCUCCCCCCACCACCAAUGCCGUGGAGACAGGCACUCAGCUAUCCAAUGUGCAGAAGUCCCAGCAGCAGACCUCCCCCCCCCAACAAAGCCGCACUGGCCUUAUUUAUGAUGAUGGUGAAUGAUACCUCUGACCUCCGACCGCCUUCCCCCACUGUACCAGGCUUCCCCAGCCAGCCCUGCUCCUUCAAUGUGCACUUCUAGCCUUCCUGGGGGGUAGCCUGGUUGCGACCCCAGCAAUAACCACACACGGGCUGGAGAGCGGGGAGUUUCUCCAUCCCUGCUUUCCUCUUCCAGCUGCCUCCUACCUCUCUUAACCACGCAGUCUCUCGCCUUCCCGUUCCAGCCAGUGUUGUCGUGAAAGAAGAGGAGUGUUGCCUUUCUACAGGGCGUCGGGCGUUAAUCCAUGAAAGCCCAGGCUAGGCUGGCACAGAUCUGCCAGUUGUGUGUAGAGCCUAGCCUUGGUGGUGAUUGAGAGAUCAAGUCCGUAGAGCAGGCACCCCCAAACUCGGCCCUCCAGCUGUUUUGGGACUACAACUCCCAUCAUCCCUGACCACUGGUCCUGUUAGCUAGGGAUGAUGGGAGUUGUAGUCCCAAAACAGCUGGAGGACUGAGUUUGGGGGUGCCUGCCAUUCAUGGCUUUGCAGCUGGUAAGCUUUUCACAUCUGGCAAGUCGAGUCAGCCUAGAAACACCAAAGAGGACCAAAAGUUUGGUCGCAGUCCGUUGUUUACUGCCCACCCCUGUUGGCCUUGAUACUGAUUCUGCAUACCGGCCACUGAGACCAAAACCGCCGCUUUCAGGGAUUCUCACGAACGAGAAUCUCCUUUAAUCAAGAAUGUAAGUGUGAGCUGGUGUAGCAUAUUGGCUAAGAAAGUGAGCUAUGUUAAUGGAGCAGUCCCCGGUUCAAACCCCACCUCUGCCAUGAACUCGCUAGGUAGCCUUAGGCAAAGUUGUUCUCUCUAAGCCUCAGUGUUUUCCCUUCCCAUCUGCAGUAUGGGCAGAUAAUGCUACUGACUAAGCACAUCACGUGAAUUAUCUCAUUGCAAUUUUUACAGCAGCCCUCUAAGGCAAGAAUUACAAUGAGCUAAUUCACGUGAUAUGCUUAGAGCAUCUGAAAGCACUAUACAAAUUCUAUUUCUCAUUAUUUUGUCCCCCAAAUCUUCAGAAGUGUACCCAAGCUAGAAAACAGAAUUACAUUUUUUUUUUUAAGAAAUCAGAUUUUGCAGGAGGCUCUUUAAAAAAGCUUUCCCCCCACCCUGGCUUUUAUGGGGUUUCGUUUAUCAUAAGGGUCCUAGUGUCAAUCUUAACAGGCAAUCCUCUAACUGUUUACUCAGAAGAAAAUCCCACAGCCUUAAAGCGAUAUUUCCUUGCCUCUUCUUUAGAGGCAAUCCAUAGGGUUAAAUUAAAUUAAUUUUCUCCAAUCAGACAAAACGUGGUCCUUGAGAAAGACAACUUUUCAAAGGCUGAACUUCUUACGGGCUGAUUUGCGUCCUCCCGCCACCCCCAGCCAUUUGACUUUUUCAGCCCCAUCCAGCAGGGCAAAGGAUUGUGGGAGUUGUAGUCCAACGGCAUUAGGCAGGCCAUAGCUACAAUAGCAAUCCCCUAGGGUGGCCUCCCACAGAGUCUUGCUCUCCUUUGCUUCCUUCCUUAUCUUCCUUAUCUUCCUGUCUUACCCCUGCCUGCACUUUCUGCAACUUCCACAAGGGAUGGUUCUGGUCUUAUCAGGCAAGAACACAGCUGGACUUCCUCAUCAUCUAUAUCGCAUACAGGUUAGUCCUAUAGGCGUGAAGAAGGCAGCUGAACAGAGAGUUCUUGGAACACAGGGAAACACCUAGGCAUGGCUUUUUAGUACAAUCUGAGCUAACACGGUUAAAAUAACUAGUCGCACCUUGGAAGUCAAACGGAAUCCGUUCCGGAAGUCCAUUCGAUGUUUGGAAACCAAGGCGUGGCUUCUGAUUGGCUGCAGGAAACUCCUGCAGCCAAUCGGAAGCCGCAUCGGACAUUCGGGUUCCAAAGAACUUUUUUCCUUCUUGUUUUGGCUGACAAAGUAGCGUGAUCCACCUUUGACUGUUUUACUCCAUUAUUUUUUCGUGCAGAUGUCCCUGUACUAACCCCAUCGAAACAUGAUAUAUAAUGACCUAAAUGGUUCUCCUACUGGAGAACAGUGGCUUCUCAACUUAUCUUCCCUUAAAUCCAGCUUUCUCCCAGCUGCACACAUACUCAGAUUUCUUUGACAUCUUGUCUUUCCACUUCAGCUCUCUUGCUGUCACCUGAUCUUUUUUCCCUUCUUUCUCUCCUUCUCCCCUUAACAUUUCAUACCCUCCAAUCCAGAACUGACUCACCCCCUGUGGACCAUUUUGACAGGUGGGUGGGACUGCCCACCUGUCAAUCACCUGAUGUCAUAUGACUCAAAGUUGAUGCUGCAUCAGCAGGCAGAGGCUCAUCUCUGAUCUUAGUGCUGUAGUCCCACAGCACUAGGACCAGAGAUAAGAAGAGAAAUGCUUGCCUGCUUUUCUCUCUCUUCAGUUUAAUGUUACCCUAUCACAUGAAUAAAAUGCUUACCACCUUGUAAGUAAUACUUUUAUGAUCCAUUUCUCUGGGCUGCUAUUCUGAAAAUAAUACACUUUUGGUUUAACUGUUAUAGGGGUGCAAUGCGACAGACUCAACCACCAAGGCAGUAUAAUGCGAGGCCACAGCAACUUUUUGGGUUGGAUCCUGUCAAUUGUAUCUGUCCAUCCUGCUACAGGGGUCCUAGCACUUGAAUCUAUUUGUUGCCUUUCAGUACAAAUAAUUAUGGCAGAGGCAUUUAGUGUUUUGUAAGCAUCCAGCUGACAAAAAGUGUUUCAUUAUUUAUUCUGGAUUGCAAGAAAUCUGACAUUUCAGGACUGAAGUUGUCACUGAAGGUUCAAAAUAAAGAAGAGUACUCAUUUAUAGUAGCCAUGACACCCAUUUUCUCCCUACACCCCCUUCCUUUGGGACACCAAUCAGGGAUUUUUUCCCCUUUUGUUUUAGAUCCAGUCUUAUAAUAGUUAUGACAAUCAAGGGACAUUUGCAAACAGGCUCUGGCUGCAAAAUUCUGUUGGGGAAAACAGCAAAAGUACUUUCGGACCUAAAAGCCUGCAAUCCCAUGCAGAGUGUGGCAUGUAUCCAAUUUGGUAUACGACUGGGCUGCAUUAUAAGAAUUUCUUUGGGAUUAUUCGCUUAUAUGAUGCUGCUGUCCCAUUACUGAGUUCUGCAGCUUGAUAACCAUUUCAGCCUUGCUUCAAUCUCUUAUCAUCCCUUUUUGAUAAUAGGCUUUGAAAAUACGGAUCCCCUUUUUGGGUUUUGGUGCUGAUUUUCCCUCUUUUUGAUAGCCAUGUUGCCUGUUUCCCUACUCAGACCUGGUAAGAAUUCAUGGUGCUAAUUCCACCAUGCUAAUAGCACUCUUCAUGAACAACCCAAACUUGCUCCUCUCUGCCUCUCUCUUUCUCCCCCACUAUUUUAUGCCGGUUCCCCAGUAACCCCACUAUUUUGUGCUCUUUCCCAGCAUGUGCACAUACAACUGGCUUUCCAGAACAUCCUUCCCUUACAACUUGGCUUGCCUCACUGAUGUCUAGCUUGAGAAAUAAUGAUGUAGUAUCAACCCCACGGGACAAUUCCUUGUCUCCCACACUCCUACGAAGAAACAGGGUACAUGGAGACUCUAUGAAUGGUUGCAGUAGACCUCUGUUUCUGGUGCUUCUCGAUCUCCCCUGACUAGUGACAGUUAUCUGAUGACAAGUGGCCAUUGUGUGAAACGGGCCAUGUAUUGCUUCCAACCAGCCAGCCAAUAAACAACAUACUGAGAA